CUGCGCCGCUGCGCGUACCAUGUUGUACGGCAGGACACUUGGAACGACCGGUGGUCAUGGCCUGAUGGACACACGACCCGUAGCAGGGGUGGCCGUGCAGGGGGGAAGGGAAAGCUUUUCACCGUAGGGCCAAACCCUAGCCCUUUUACGCCAAAAGCUCGAGACGCUGCCACUGCACUGCACUGCACCUGGCCCUGCCCCGCAAAUGUUACCGCAAGGAGCGAACUGAGGCGUCUUUUUUCCUUCUCUCUCGCGGUCUCUCGCCAGAGGAAAGGGAUCCACAACACCCAGCUCCAUCCAUUCCACGCACGAGGACUCUCUUUCUAGAGUGAGUGACGAGCUCCUCCCCUCCUGGCCUCCCUUAAACCCUAGAGAGCUAGCUGUCAUCUAGCUAGCCCGUGGGCAAUGUCGUCAACGCUGACGCCCCCGGCGCCGCCGGCGCUCCUGGUGCCGGUGGCGUACGCCGCCGUAGGCGCGCCCGUGGAAGCGGCAGGGAGAGGGUCGUCGUCGUACGGCCCGGUGAUCGCGAUGCUGGCCGUCGUGGCCGUGCUGGCGGCCGCCGCGGUGGCCGUGGGGCGGCUCUGCUUCGGGCGCCGGGCGCACGGCGGCGCCCGCGACCUGGAGGCCUGGGUGGAGCGCACCUGCGGGCCCUGCGUCGGCGCCACCGUGCUCGCCCAGGCAACGGACGAGGGCGGAGGCGGCGCCGUCGCUGGCGCUGGCGCUGGGGCCGCGGCGGCGACGGAGCCCGGCGGCGCGCCCGAGGGGACGGACGACGGAGACGGAGCGAGGAGACAGUAGUACCAGUAGAGCGUGGCGUGCUGAUUGACAACUGGCCUUGUAAAUUGUCUCCUCCCCGGACCAUGAAACGUGCAUGCCCUGCGAUCGUUGGUGUCGGGAAGUUUUGGAAUAGCCUGUGUACGCCUCUGUUUGGAAGCGAUGGAUGCUGGUGGUGGUGGCGCUGUUUGAAUUUGGCGUGCACAAGCACAACGGAGUGGAUUUGAUGUUUUGGUUUUA